CGAAGCAUGGAUAGCGUUGAGAGCCCGGACGCAGCUCCUGCCUCCUCCUCCUCCUCCUCUUCCCCCGAGUCCUCCGAGGAGCUCCGUUCUGCCCUGACCAUGACCAAGGGGCUCUCCAUCUUCCUGGAUAUUCUGAGAAGAGCAGAUAAAAAUGAUGAUGGCAAAUUGUCCUUUGAUGAAUUUAAGGCUUACUUUGCGGAUGGAAUCCUGAGCAUAGAGGAGCUUCAUCAACUGUUUCAGAAGAUUGACAUACACAAUACAGACAACUUGGAAACUGAAGAAUUAUUUGAAUAUUUUUCCCAGCAUCUGGGAGCUUAUGAAAGUGUCCUAUCUGCUUUGGAAGAUCUCAAUGUAGCCAUAUUGAAGGCAAUGGAUACUACAAAGAAAAAUUAUCAAGAGGCUUCUACGUUGGAACAAUUUGUGACUCGCUUCUUGUUAAAAGAAACCCUGAAUCAACUACAGUCUCUACAUAAUUCCCUGGAAUGUGCCAUGGAAACCACGGAAGAACAAACCCAACAACAGCAGCAAGUCCCAAAGAAGCCAGAGGUGCUCAAAAUACAACCCCCAGGAAGACGUUCAGGUCGAAGGUUCCAGAGAAAUAAUAGUUUUUCUCCAGUUAGUCCUCUUUUGAACCCAGGUUUGCACAAGAAGGACAACCAGUGGAUGUCUCAAAUAAACAGACUUCAGAAGCUGAUUGAUAAGCUAGAACAGAAGGACUUAAAGCUCGAGCCACUAGAAGAGGAGGUUUCAGAAGAUAAUACUAAAUCUCAAAUAAUGAUUGUUCAACGUCAGAUGUCAGUAAUCACAGAAGAACUAGAGCCGUUCCGCUUCGCUCUAAAGCAGUACGUAGAUAUGGCCUCUUCUCAGGAUGGAUGUCUGCAUGUUUCUGUCCAGAAACUUUCAGGCAAAUCCUGUUUCAUUGUUUAUGAAUUUUGGAAAAAUAAUGCCUGGAACAGCCAUCUCCAGAUGAAUUAUAGCAAGUCAUUCCAAAGAAGUAAUGUAGAUUGCCUGGAGACUCCUGAACACAUUACAACUAUGCUUGUUCCUGCUUCUUGGUGCAUCCUGAACAACUAGAAGUACAUACUUCUUAAAAGUAAGCUCUACAUUAAACAGCACCUAGAGAACAAUCAGUCUCUGAAGUUAGCAAAUCAUGACUAUUCCUUCAGGGACAAUUCUUCCUUUUAAAACAAAUCCACGUUGUAAAAUUUAUUGUGAUUAAUA